CAGUUUGCAGAAGACCAAUACAACGAUGACAACAGGGACAGCAACGCCUAGCUGUUUAAUAACAGCGGCAGAUAUUGCUUGCAUAGAUCCUCUUAUUGGCAAUGAUCUCUGUCCUCUUCUUCGGCAGUUCGGCACAGCUAUGAGCAAAGCCCGCUUCGAUGAUGCUCGAGGAUUGAUUGAAUCGUUUCGAGGAACACGAGUUCCAAUAUCAGCAAGUGCUGAAGAUUCUCUUUGCCACUUACUCCUUUCUGCUUGCAUUCAGAUAGUAAAAGCGGAGAGCGCAUAUUAUUCUUUGAAUUUCAUGGUACCGAAAGCCUUUUUUCGACGAGAAAGCACUCUGCUGCUAACUUAUACACAGAUCAAAGCCGAGUUAUGUCGAAUGGAUGGUGUCAUGGGAAAUACUAAGAUUUCAGCUGCAGAGGAUAUUAGACGACGUUUGAUUGACUUUACCAGUGCCAGAGUUUCAAUGAUCAAUGUUUACAAUUCAUUUCUAGUUGAAAUUAACCAUGAUUCACUUACAUCCUUGUUUACUUUUGUCGCUGACGAAAUAGUGGUAAUGAAACUACUUUUGGAGGUGCAACUAGCUCUCAUACGAUGUGAGUUCUUGCAGUCAUUGAUUAAGUUGAAGAGCGCGUAUGUUAAACUUCGGUCUUGGUUCAGUUCCGUUGGUUAUAAACAUACACUAACCAAAACAACAGUCAAGUUCUUCGGAUUCGGGCCUCAGGUUCAGUUUUCUCCCUUGAGACUAUGUAGCUGGACUUACGAAUUUUACAUGCUGUUAUUAGCGAAGUUCUCUCUAUAUUUUCAUGAUUCACUACAACCACAAUGCUCAACAGGCGACUUUGAUCAUACAGUUAGUGCUAUGAAAUCACCGAAUUUUGUUCAAUUAUUCGCCACAUUUCGACGCAGAACGGAGCCAUUAUGUAUCCUUUUAAUUGCUAACCGUUGCAAUGCUCCAGAUAUAUCACCUCUUAUUGGUUAUGACUGUGCUGCAGACCUCGACGAUGGGGAAGAGUUUCUUCGUAUUACCGGUGGAAUAUAAUUUAUACGUAUCAAUUAUUUUUGAUCGAAGGGUUAGCGAACGUGAUAACACGGUGGUUAGCUUUCUGUUGAACAGUUGCAAUCAGUUGCGAUGCGCUAAAAUCUGUCAAAGUUGGCGAAAAUUCUCAACAUAGCAUAUUUCACUGAGAUUACAUGACGAACAGACACUGCUCUACCCCCUGACGUACUUAAGCAAAUAUGGAUGCUUCUCCGAGACACAAUAGGACUAUAUCUCAGUUUUAUUGUGGAAUGGAACCGUUUUCAUUUCUCUUUCUUCGAAGCAAAGAUUAACCCGUAACUCUUGAAGAUUGUCUUAUUUUCAACCAGGAAUUAUUGCACGUUAUUUAAAGCAAAGAUAAUUUUGUUGCGUCCAAGACGUGCAUGUGUAAAUAGAAGUAUGUUUUAAUGCUAUAUGAUACCUUUCUUGUUUUGUAAUAAGAUUUACUUGCACAUGCAACACUCCUGGAUUUUUAUAUUUUGUAAUGGCGAGUGCAACAGUUCAGGUGUAUUACGACUGUCGUUAUUGGGAGUUAUGAGUUGAUUGGCUGGUGCCUUGGCGCACAUUUCGGGAUAUUAUUUGCAAAAAUAAAGCAUGCAUUCUCAUUACUGACUUUUGAUAUGCGGUUUCUACUGAUCGGUA